AUGCAUGACGAAAAUGGAAAUUUGGUAUCUAUUAACGGAAUUCUCUAUGUGCUUGAUGAGCCUCGAAUUUUGAUUUGCCUUCUAUGUAGGCAUGCUGUCCGACCUGGGAGAGGCAUUAAAGCCUAUUUUCGAAAUAUGCAUAAAUAUACUGGAAAUAAGCUUAAGGCGGUGCUAUCGUUCUGCGGUAAUUAA